AUGUCAGAUACGGCACCAUUGAAUCCGUCCAAUGAAAGAAGUUUCCCUUCAUAUAAAAAUUUCUAUGAGAAAUUCGAAAGCAGCAAGGAAACAAAAUGUACAGAUAGUGAUCCUUGCGGCAGAGAAGUAGAAACUUAUGGCUUGAAUAGUAGGAAUCUUAGGAGGCAUGAGGCAAAAAUUAAGAGUGCACUGGCCUAUAUAUACAAAGAGUACAGAACAAAUAAAAAAUCACCCGAAAGUGAAGCGCGCCACUUUCUAUAUUAUUGGUUAGGUGAUAAAAUAUCUAAGAAUGCAAUAGAGGCAAAGCCCAAUUUUCACACUGCCAUACGUCUUAUUUGCAGCGCUAUAAAUAGUCCCCCUGAGAAAGAAUCAUGUGAAAUUCCCUGUGAUAAUCCUACAGAAGCUAUUUUCCCCCACAGGAAAAAAAUAUUCGACUAUACUUACGACUAUGACACCAUAGAAAAGGACUUACAGACUGAUGAUUCCGAUUGUAAGGGUAAAUGGUCAAGUUAUCUAGAGGAAAUUGAUAAAGCAUGUACUGCUGUAAGGGGUGAUUGCACAACAAAGACAAAUCCGGGGGAGAAGGAAUAUUGUGAAAAAUUCGAAGCGACGUACGGUGUAUAUUGUAAGGCGGCGAAACUUCCAAAAAUGCAGUGUGAAUUAAAAUCUACACAAGAAAAAAUGGAACGCGAAGGACAAUCAGCAGCUUCCAGAGCAGAAGCAGAAUUAAAUGAAGCUGUUCGUUCCGCCACCACCACUUCUUCCCUUUCUUCCAUAAUCGGCACCUUAGGAUUCACGAUUGCCCCUUUCUUAUUAUACAAACCGACCGAUCCAACAAGUUUCCCUUCAUACAAGGAUUUCUAUCAGGAAUUCAAAGACAGCAAGGAAACGCAGUGUGACAAUGGAAAUGGUUGCAGCACAGAAGUACAACAGUAUUCCUUGGGAACUAAGGGUCUCGGAGGGCAUGAGUUCCAUGUUCAGAAAGCAUUGGCCUACUUACUCAAAACAUACGGAGACAAGGGAAGUAAGAAAUCACUGGAAUGUACAGCACGCCAUUUCUUUUAUUAUUGGUUAGGGGAUAUAAUAUCUAAUGGCAACUGGAAAAGUAGCAAUUUCCCAGCUGACAUAAGUGUUAUUUGCAGAGCUAUAAAUCAGCCUUCUGGGAAACAGCCAUAUGGAAUUCCCUGUGAUAAUCCUGACAAAGAAAUCUUCAGUAAAAGGAAAGCCAUAUUCGAUUAUUCGUACAACUACAGCAGGAUAAAGGAAAUUUUAGAAAAUGGUGGACCCAAUUGUAAUAGGGGCUGGUUGAACUACCUAAAGGAUGUGUCCAUAGCAUGCCAAGAUGUAGAAAAAGAUUGCGCAGGAAGGAAGGAAGAAAAUGAGGGAAGGGUAUAUUGUGAAGAAUUCAAAACAAAAUACGUCCAAUAUUGUAAUACGGCGAAGCUCUCAGAACUGAAAUGUGAAUUAAAAUUUGCACAAGAAAGAAUAGCCAAUUUUUAUAAUAAAUUCGAAAAAGGCGCAGAAGAGUAUGGGGGGAAUUACGGACAAGAAAUAAAGGCGGUCAUAGAGGCAGGAAACAAAUUUAAGAAUUAUACGAAACAAAUUUUGAGAGCACUGGGCUAUGUGUGCAAAGUAUACGGAGAAAGUAAAAAACCAUCGAAUAAUGUGCCCUACCAUUUCUUGUACUAUUGGUUGGGGGAAAAAUUAUCUGAGGUUAAAGAGAACGAUAGUUUAUUUGGAGCGGACAUAAGUAAUAUUAGCGGAAAGGUAAAUAAUUACUGUGCAGAGGGAAAUGGAGUAGUAUGUGGAAUUCCCGAUGAUCGUCCUGACAGGAAAACAUUCAAUGAUAUGAAAAUAAUAUUCGACUUUUGGUAUGACUAUGGUGCCAUACGAACUCUGCUAGAGAAUAGUACGCCCAAGGUUGUUGGUAAAUGUAAAAGUUAUAUGGACGCCGUCAAUAAUGCUACCAGUGGAGUGGGAACGUAUUGUCACGAACCUACGGGGAAGAACUACUGUCAAAACUUUUGGACAGGACAGAGUAAGGAGGACAUUGAGCAAAAACUGAGAGAAUUGUAUACUGCCUUAGAAUUAGCACAGCAAAAAAUAGCACAGGAAGCACAAGCAGCAUCCGCCAGAACCGACGAAGCCGUACGUUCUGCCACCACCACCUCUUCCAUCUCUUCCAUAUUAGGCACAUUAGCAGUCACCACGGCUCUUCCAUUCUUUUUAUAUAAAUAUAAACUUCUACCCUCUUGGUUUGGUAACAAUUCUAAUGGAAGAAGCAGAAAGAAAAGGUCUACCGCACGAAACCCUGAUACGUUCACAGAAGACAGCUUAACGUACGAUUCCACGGACACUUCCACAAUAGGUUCAACGGAUCUAGCCGAAAAUUCUACAGUGCGCUCUGGCGUGUACACUACACCGUCCACAAGACAGUCUACGGAGAGGACAAAUAAUGCACCAGGUCGUCAGAAUAUAGGUUACCAAAAUAUUAAAUUCCAGGGAAGCACGAAUGAUUGUGCAGGUGAAUGCAGGGCUCAUUUGGAGUUUAGUGUAAAACCUUUUUCGGGUGAAAGGAUUUCGGAAAAUGAACUCUGGAGGGCUUGCUGUGCCUUAUCUGAAGUGGACGCACAGGACCCGUACUAUGGGGAACGUUAUAAUUUCCUUUAUUAUUGGAUUGGAGACAAAUUAUGGGAGCAAGUGAAAAGUACCAAAGGGGACAGCGGAUUCUUGGGCCCUCUAAAUAUGAUUUGCAAAGAUAUACAGGGUGCGCAUAAAGGUGGGGGACAUAAGAUUAUUUGUGAAAGUAUUCGCAGUGAAACUUUUCACAAUAGAAAAAGGGUUCAUGAUUAUUCUUAUGAUUAUAAUUACGUAGAAGGUGUGUUAAAGGAUGUUGAAUCCAAUUGUGACCCACAGUGGUCGGCUUACCUAAAGGAAGUUUCCACAGCAUGUAAGGCUGUGGAGGCAAAAUGCACGGCAGGGCACGAAUAUAGUAAGGAUGAAUACUGUUCCGCCUUUAACAAUAAGUACAGAGUUUAUUGCCGUGCUGCGGAACUGUCUAAACUGAAAUGUAAACCACCAACUGCAGAAGUAAAGGAUGAGGCAUGUUCCUGCAAGGAUAAGGAAUUACAGAAUCAGCAGCUAUCAAAUCAAUUAUCUCAAACUCAGGAAAACUUGCGUGGUGCCACCACCACAGCAAGCAUCACCUCUAUCUUUGGCACCUUAGCAACUACGGCUCUUCCAUAUCUAUUAUAUAAGUAUAAACCAUGGUCUUCUUGGUUUGGUAACCAUUCAAAUGGAGGGAGAAAUAGAAGAGGAAAAAGAUCAGCCGGACACGAAUUUGAUACGUUAACGUACGAUUCAACGGACACUUCCACAAUAGGUCCAACAGAAAGUUCCACAGUAAGUUCCUCUGCUGCCAAAUACACAAAACAGCUUGCCAGAGGAAGAGAAGGAAAAGCGAAUAAUAGUACGCCGGGUCACCGGAACAAUGUAGGUUACAGUCGCAUAAGAAAUUAUCCUGAACAAGUCAAAAUAAAGUGA